CUCCCGCACUCCCGCACUCCCGCUGCUUCCGCUGCUCCCUCUUUCACCGUCGUCGAGAGCGGCGCGUCCUUCGGCUUUGGACUUUGGCCGCUCGACGCGGUCGCUGGUCUUGGUUCCGGAUGCAGCUCGGAGGCGCCGCGGCGCGCUGCCUGCUGGCCGCUCUGCUCGUCGUCCUGAUGCGAGCGCGCACCACGGAGUCGUCAGGCGUGUUCGAGCUGAAGUUGGAGUCGCUGAGCGGCGCGAGCCCGCACGCGCUCUGCGGGCCGCCGCCGUCGUCGUCGGCGGCGGCGCGCGCGUGCCACCUCUUCUUUCGCUUGUGCCUCAAGCACGCGCAGGACGUCAUCGAUCCCGAGCCGCCGUGCACUUACGGGACCGCGCUCAGCGAGAUCCUGGCCGCGGACGCCGGCUCCAUCGGUGGCAGCGCGCCCCUCAGGGUGCCCUUCCACUUCAAGUGGCCGGGAAAUUUCUCGCUCAUCUUGGAGGCCUGGACCACCGAGUCUCCCGGACUGAAUCCCACAGAGAAACAGACCAAACUGAUCAGUCGGCUGGCGACGCGGCGGCAGCUGCGCGUGGGCGAGGACUGGACGCAGGACGUCCACUCGGGCGAGCGCAGCCACGUGCGUUACUCGUACCGCGCCGUGUGCGACCAGAACUACCACGGCGACGCCUGCGCCGCCUUCUGCCGCCCCCGAAACGACACCCACGGACACUUCACGUGCCUGCGCGACGGACAACGCCGCUGCCUGGACGGCUGGGCGGGCACAUACUGCGUGUGGCCCAUCUGCGCUUCGGGCUGCAGCGCGGAGCACGGCUUCUGCCGGGCCCCCGGCGAGUGCGUGUGUCGGCAGGGCUGGCAGGGCGAGCGCUGCGACCGCUGCGCGCGCCACCCCGGAUGUCUGCACGGCACCUGCCGCCAGCCGUGGCAGUGCGACUGCAAGGAGGGCUGGGGCGGACUCUACUGCGACCAGGAUCUCAACUACUGCACCAACCACAAGCCGUGCCAGAACGGGGCGUCGUGCACCAACACGGGCCAGGGCAGCUACACCUGCGCCUGCAGGCCGGGAUUCAGCGGCACCAACUGCGAGAUCCGGAGCAAGCCCUGCGACAGCGCCCCCUGCAGGAACGGAGGCAGCUGCAAGGAUUUGCCGGAGGGCUACGUGUGCGCGUGUCCCCGGGGCUUCUCGGGGCCCCAAUGCGGGAGCGGCGGCGCGCUGACGUGCGCCGACGAGCCCUGCUUCAACCGCGGCGUGUGCGUGGCGGCCGCGGCCGGAAGCCGAAACGGAAGCGGAAGCGCAAGCGGCUACACCUGCCGAUGCCCGCCCGGCUACGCCGGCUCCAACUGCGAGAUGAAGGCCAACCGCUGCAGCAGCCGUCCCUGCGCUAACGGCGGCGAGUGCGUGGAGUCGGGCGCGGUGACGUGCCGCUGCCGCGCGGGUUUCGCGGGCGCUCGCUGCGAGACCAACGUGGACGACUGCGCCAGCAACCCCUGCCGCAACGCCGGCACGUGCGCCGACGGCGUGGCCGACUUCACGUGCACGUGCGCGCUGGGCUUCGCCGGCAAGGACUGCUCCACGCGCUCCAGCCCCUGCGACCGCUUCCCGUGCCUGAACGGCGGCCGCUGCUUCGUCCACUUCUCGGGGCCCGUGUGCCAGUGCCCGAGGGGCUUCAUGGGGGAGCGCUGCGGGGAGGCGGCGGGAGCCCCGGCCCCGCCCCCGCCCAGCGGGGACCGCGCCUUCCCCGCCGCGCUGGCCGCCGCCUGCGCCUUGGCCGGCGUGACGCUGAGCCUGCUGACGGCCGGCGCCGUCUUUGUCGCGCGGCAACUGCGACGGGGCCGGCGGCUGGCGGCGGCGGCGGCGGCGGUCAAGAACGACCUGGAGGCCGUCAACAACCGAUCGGCGGCCAAGGAGAGCUUCCUCCCGCCCGGGGGCCGCAUCAAAGUAUCCAACAAGGACGCGGCGCUGGCCCGGCGCGGAGGCGACCGCGGGGGCGUCUUCGGAAACAAAACGGCCUUCGACUACGACCUGGUCAAGGAGCCGAGCGGCGGCCAUGACGCGUUGGACAGGAUGAAGCGCGAGGCGGCGGCGGCGGCGAGUUUGCUGGCGGACGCGGGCUCCCGGCCCGUCUCCGGCAUCCCGGAGCGGAUGCAGUGCUGCGUCUUUGCCACCGAGGUAACACGCGCACCGACGCCGAACGAAGGCCGCCAAGGGCGAGCGCUCCGGUCCGACUUUGGCCCUCCUUUUCUUGUUUUGACGCAAAACUAACGUCCCGUUUUGGGGAAGGAGGGACAAAAUGCCACGUUUUGUUUGUCUCUUUCAAAACUUUGUCAUCCAAAUGUGAUUGUUGCAGAAGUCGGCCGAUUUUUUGCUGCCGCAACUUUCUGUUUUCCAAGGAUCGAUGCACACACACACACACACACACACGUGCACGCGUACACGCUGGGAUCACAUGAGUCACUGCCAUCUUGUUUUGUUUUGUUUUUUUUCCCCCCCCAAUUUGCCACAGGUUUGACCUCCAGCCCAUCAACGGAUUCUUAUUUGGAAUCCCGCAGAACGGAAGAUUAUUUUUUUCUCCAUUUUUUAUUCAUCGCUGCAGCUCGCUGACACGCAAAGCGGACAUUUUUUUGCUAUGAUGAUUCAUAUAUUUCUGAUCAGGUUUUUUUUUUUUUUGUCUUUGGCGCGAAGCAAAGAAAAAGCGCCAGAGGAAGGACACCAAAGACUGAAUGUUGCGCAUCAUUUGCACUUUUUUUCAAUCGGCGCCGUUGUCGUCCGUCGCAUCGGGAUGACCGGGACAGUCGGCGGCAAACGCCACAAAGCGGCGCGCUCGUGCCCGCGCCUUCCGAACUGUUUUGCGGCUACUUUGCCUUCGUCAUCCUCCUUUUCAUCUUCUUCCUCUUUUGAUACCAAAAACUACGCUGUGUGUGUGUGUGUGUGUGUGUUUGUGUGUGUGUGUGUGUGCGUGCGUGCGUGCUAAUUUAAGACCACGCAAUGCGUGUCGAGUUUUAUUUAAUUUGUCCAACCACGACGUGUACAUAGUUGCUAUUUAACAAAUGCGAUGCGAAUCUAUUUUCCUAAAUAAAUGAGAAAAGCAAACUUG